AUGUCGACCUUACGGCUGGCCCGUACGAAACAUUGGACAGGCCCCCUCGCAGACCAACUACCAUGCUUGACUAGUCACAUCAUCGGAUGUCUACAACCAGACAUUCCGUACCCGCGGCAUGCUGUCUGCGGGGAAUCCGGCAGCAGAGACGUGCUACCGAAGAAGGCCCGGAGCCUCGUAACGGGGGCUGUGAGGAUCCGUGUUCGGGAUGCAAAUUGCAAAAAGGAGGAAGCCCUUGUGAGCCUUUGGGGCUUGGUGUACAUGCGCUUCGGUCCAGAAAAGCGUGUCGACAGCGGAGCGGACUUUGCUCCGUGCCUGCCACAGCAACCCUGUUCCUAG